AUGGCGUCCGACUCGGAUACCGAGGAGCUCUUCUACGACGCGUCCGAGGACGUGGCCCAGCACGGCGGGAGCCCGGCGGCGUCGCCAACCAAAGUCACGGAGCCGUCAGUACCGAAGGAGCCGGGCGGAGGUUCUCUGGUGGAUGACCACGAAGGAGGGAAAGACCUGGACAUCAAGCAAGAUGACCCCAAAGAGAUCAUUGACAACAUCAUAGAAGAAAGCCAGAAAGCCCAUCGGCUGGAGGAUGACCCCUUGGCUCCUUCCCAAAAGGAACUGACCAGCCCCUCAUCACAGGCAAACGCUUGGGUCUCCGGAGCAGACCUCCUCCACCACGUGCCCGAACUCUUAAUCGCGGAAGCCCCAACGCAAGGGCCCCACGAAGCCCCUGCGGGUCUGGCCAACGGGGUGGCGCCCCAGGAGGCCUUGGCCCCUCCCAGCCACGAGGGGGCAGAUCACCCCGGAGGGGAAGAGGCUGUGGCCUCCGCAGGAAGCCCAAGUGAGGGCCGAGAGCGCAAAGCGGCCAGAGGAGACCAGCCAGAGGAGGAAGGCGGCCCCCUGACUGCCGAUGGAUUGGACCAGGCGCCGUCCACGGAUCCCUCGCUCCCCCAAGGCCUCUCGGCUGCCGAUGAGCCGCCUCCGGCCAAACCCCCCCGACAGCUGACCAUGGAGCCAGAUAUCGUGGCCAGCACAAAGAAAUCUGGCCCAGCGCGGCCCCCGCCUCCCAUGGGACUCCCACCCCCCAGGCCACCGCCCCCUGCCCGGCCCGCCCCCCCACCCAGGAAGAAAAAAAGCGACUCGGAAAUCGAGACCAGCAAAAUUCCUGGCCUGGAAGUUCCUCGGGAGCCUUUUCCCCUGGGGGGCCUCCUGACGGCCAACGCCUCCCUGGACUCCAUUGCCAAAGACUCUCAGCCUUCCCUGGACUUGGCGAGCGCCACGAGCGGCGACAAAGUUGUCACUGCUCAGGAGAAUGGGAAAUCGGCCGAUGGCCAGGUGGUGUCAAGUGAACUGAUUGGACCCCAGAGACCCCGGUCGAAUUCGGGCAGGGAACUCACGGACGAGGAGAUCUUGGCCAGCGUCAUGAUCAAGAACCUGGACACGGGCGAGGAGAUACCCCUGAGCUUGGCGGAGGAAAAGCUGCCCACGGGCAUCAAUCCCCUGACGCUGCAUAUUAUGCGGCGGACGAAGGAGUACGUCAGUAAUGACGGGGCCCAGUCGGACGAUGAAGACAAAAUGCAGCAGAGCGACACCGACGGAGGGCGCUUGAAGCAGAAAACGACGCAGCUGAAAAAAUUCUUGGGCAAAUCGGUCAAGAGGGCUCGGCAUCUGGCCGAAGAGUACGGAGAACGUGCCGUCAACAAAGUGAAGAGCGUCCGAGACGAAGUCUUCCACACCGAUCAAGACGAUCCGUCGUCCAGCGACGAUGAAGGCAUGCCGUAUACCCGGCCGGUGAAAUUCAAAGCCGCUCACGGCUUCAAGGGGCCCUACGACUUUGAGCAAGUGAAAGUCGUGCAGGAUCUCAGCGGAGAGCACAUGGGAGCUGUCUGGACCAUGAAGUUUUCGCACUGCGGCCGGCUGCUGGCCUCAGCGGGUCAGGACAACCUCGUGCGGAUCUGGGUGCUGAAGACGGCUUUUGAUUAUUUCAACAACAUGCGGAUGAAGUAUAACUCGGAAGGCCGCGUCUCCCCCUCCCCAUCUCAGGAGAGUUUGAACUCGGCCAAGUCAGAUAACGAUACGGGGGUUUGUAGUGGGACCGACGAGGACCUCGACGACAAGAGCACGCCGUUUCGGCAGCGGCCGUUCUGCAAGUACAAAGGGCACACGGCCGACCUCCUGGAUUUGUCCUGGUCUAAAAAUUACUUCCUGCUCUCCUCAUCCAUGGAUAAGACCGUCCGGCUCUGGCACAUAUCCCGGCGGGAAUGCUUGUGCUGUUUCCAGCACAUCGACUUUGUCACGGCGAUCGCCUUCCAUCCCAGGGAUGACAGAUACUUCUUAAGCGGCUCGCUGGACGGCAAACUUCGGCUCUGGAACAUUCCUGACAAAAAGGUGGCCCUCUGGAACGAGGUGGAUGGGCAGACCAAGCUGAUCACCGCUGCAAACUUUUGCCAGAAUGGCAAAUACGCCGUGAUUGGUACCUACGACGGCCGGUGUAUCUUCUACGACACUGAGCAUCUCAAGUAUCAUACUCAGAUCCACGUGCGGUCGACCCGAGGACGGAAUCGAGUGGGGAGGAAGAUCACAGGGAUCGAGCCCCUGCCGGGUGAAAACAAGAUCCUCGUAACCUCCAACGACUCGCGCAUCAGGCUCUACGAUCUGCGGGACCUGUCUCUUUCGAUGAAGUAUAAGGGCUACGUCAACAGCAGCAGCCAAAUCAAAGCCAGCUUCAGCCACGACUUCACCUACAUCGUCAGUGGCUCUGAAGACAAGUAUGUGUACAUCUGGAGCACCUACCACGACCUGAGCAAAUUCUCCUCCGUCAGGAGAGAUCGCAAUGACUUCUGGGAGGGGGUCAAAGCACAUAAUGCUGUGGUUACCUCCGCCAUCUUCGCCCCGAACCCCAGCCUGAUGGUCUCCUCCGAAACAGCCGAGAAGCCCCCUGGAGAAAGCAAAAGUGAGGAUUCAGUGGCGGCAGACCCCAUUCCUUCUGGAGCCUUGAAGGCGGACCACACCGAGGUGCUUCUCUCUGCCGAUUUCACCGGAGCCAUCAAAGUCUUUAUCAACAAAAAGAAGAACCUCUCUUGAAGAGUCGCCAGUAACUCAGCAGCCUCGCAAUCAUGGUACCCGGGUGUGAAUCUCGUGCUUGGUGACGCAGAGUAUAAUCUCACGCUGGAGGUCGGCUUAGCGUUAAAUUCCUUCCUUCAAGGCUGCUGUCCUGCAGCUCCCCA